GUAAAUUAAAAGACAACAUUGUCUCACCUCAGCAAGCUUUAAAUCAACUCUUAUGCUGGGAAUGUAUUUAUUUACGUUUUGUAGACUUAAGCAGACGUCGGCUUGACAUAAUCAAUCUUUGCUGCUUGUUAAUUAUCGCAAACAUUCCGCCUGCACCCCCUCCCCCCCCCCACCUUUGCUUUUAUCACACAAUUUACCUCGUUAGCCUUGGAGAACACCCGCCCGGCCAACACGGCCGUCACCCUUCACCCCAACACACACACAAUGCAACACAAAUGGAAUAUUCCUUCAAUAUUCCUUGGACAUAAUGGUGUAUCUCGUGGAGUGUAAUGAUAUGUACUUAUCUCGUGGAGGAGGGAUAGGAACGUACGUAGGAACGGAGGAGGGAUACGUACGUACAUGCAAAGGAGGGAUACGUACGUACGUACGAGUGUUUCAACCACCACACUUGACGGAUGAGUCCCAUUUGCAAAGACGCCAUCACGGCGCCAAGCUAAUUGAGGGCGAGGCAACGUCACCCAAGAAGCGAGCGAGUGGGAGCGGCGAGGAUGAGGAGAUGUUGCCAAGGACGUCUGAUUGCUCUUCUUCGUUGGUAUUCCUUGUCCACGCCGCCUGAUACGAAGCCCAUGGAAGUGGCAAAGUGAGCCGCGCAGAUCUGACCCACUUCACCAGCAGCUGGUCACCAGAGACGGAAGGAACACGACGCAUGCUCUCAUCUCCCGCCAGGGCGACGUGCACACACACGUGCACUCAGCACCGCCGCCGUUAUCAUCGUUAACGUUUGGCCUGUCAAUCAAAGCCCUGGUGGACAUACGCUAUCACACUAAGGCCGCAUGGUGGACCAGUGGUUAGCUUGUAGGCCACAAAUGUCUUUCAUAUGAAGGACAUUCCCUAGUGACGGAAAGGUACAUGCUCGUGCUUCGGGUUUGAUUCCCGCCAGGACCCCAACACCAGUCCAUAGGAGGUGAGGGUCGUGUUUUGGUGGCGUUGGAACGGAAGUUCUCAUCCUAAGUUGUCAGUGUGGCGUUGGCGGCCUUGUUCGUGUCACGGCCACACGGGGCGCACGACCACCCGCUCGGGACGGGACGUUCAAUCAGCGUCCGUGUUGGCGCUGACAUCUUGAUGGAAUGUUUUCUAUUCACAUUCCCAACCUUCCGCCGCGGCCCUUCUCAUGUGGCAGUGAUGUAUUUGGAUGGAAUUACCUCUGGCCGUGACGGAUGGCGCCGUCGCGCUCCGAUGUCCUCUCAUGAAACAUGUUUCACACGUCCCGCGUGUCGCAUGCCUACCCACGUACCUACGUGCCUACGUGCCUACGUACGUACGUGCCUACGUGCCCAUGUGCCUACUUACCUACAUGCAGCUCCUCCUCCUUCUUCUGUGGGUUUCAUACUCUUCACUACACCCUCACACAUCUACACUUAACUACACUGAGUACACUGUCCACACUUACUACACUUAGUACACUCAGAGUACACUCGGUACACUGUCUAUACCCAGUUACUACACUUACUACAUUUAGUACACUCCGUACACUAUGUAUCUUUAGUGCACUUACUACAUUUAGUGCACUCAGUACACUAUCUACACUUAGUACACUCAGUACACUAUCUACACUUAGUACAGGUAGCAUGGUGUACUAGGCGUCAGAGCUAGGCCCAGUAGACCAGGUGUCCAGGUCAGGAGGUGUGUCCAGGUAUCAGGUCCCCAGGGAGGGGUGAUGGUCUGAGGACCUUUUCUUUGACCAAGGUAAUGGCUUGGCAGCUAGCUGUUAGCGUGAAGCAACUUUGGGCGGGUGGAAGGUUCCGGACCCCCACACCUUCUGCCGGGCGCCGCCAUGUGUUCUUGUCGGCCGUCACUCAGGCAUGUGUUUGUAUUCCGAGGAAGAAGCGGCUUGUUUUCCACAUUUUGCUCCCUGGCUCAACUUGGACUGGGUCCCCGGAAUGAGAUCCCACAGGGCCGUUUAUUGAUCGCACGGCCCAGACUGCCCGAGGCGGCGAGCCGCAGGCUUUACCGGCGCGCAUCACCUGCGGGGCGGACCCACAAAAAGAACGACACCGCCGCCGGGGAGCGAAGAGCGGCAUCCUCCGGGGACGCUGGCGGCUAACCAGCAAAUAACGGCAGCUAAAGUCUCACCGGGGAUGAUGAGGGGGGGCGCACCGCAUGAUGAUGACUUCCUUAAUGAGGACAAACCAAGCGGCGGAAUGUGACCUCCAGCCAGCACAGCUGCUAACACGCCAGCAUCUAAUUGGUCACGGCCGAAGGCGCCAUGAGCCAGCCAUUGCUCUGCAUUACGGGACGUCUCCCAAACAAAACGCUGGCCUGAAGCCGCAGCGGAGGGAUGAUGAUCGGCAGCGCCACACGGAAGAAGGCGUGUCCUUCCGUCAAGCCUUUGGCCGCCAAAGCCACGAGGAAGGAAGGCCAUUGUGUUGCCAUUCAUGAGGGGUUUCACUGGGCGGCCAAGUGUCUUCAGUAAAAUGAUUGGGGGGUCCCGGACAGCCUCGACAAAACUACCUCUUCUUCUUUUCAUCCUCUUCUUCUUCUUCAACACUAUGCUGGCUGGCUGCCUUGCUGACUUGAUGGCUGCAUGGCCUGAGCUCACUUCCUGAAAGAAAUCAAAGAGUCUGGCGUGAUAGCGCUAGCUUGGCUCAUGCUAGCUUGGCUCAUGCUAGCUUGGCUCAUGCUAGCUAUCGAUAGUGCUAGCUUGGCUCAUGCUAGCUUGGCUCAUACUAGCUAUUGAUAGUGCUAGUGUGGCUCAUGCUAGCUAUCGAUAGUGCUAGCUUGGCUCAUGCUAGCUUGGCUCAUGCUAGCUUGCCGCCGGAACGUCCAUGUGCCCGCCGCCCCCCCCACUCGGGACACACACUGGAAUAGACACACAUUACACAGCCACAGUGCAGAGUUCAAUAGAUGGCAUAGUGAUAAUGAUAUCCAUAUAUAUAUUGAAUAUAUGACAUAGACAUUAGAAUUCAUCCAUUUUCAUGAAAUAUUGAUGAUGAAUUAACGAUACUCCAGGGGUGUGUGAACUUUGUCGUACCAAAAGAUCUAUUCCACUUUCUUAAGCAACCCACCCCAAUAUAGAAAAUGACAUAUAUGUCAUUUUAAUAUUUAGAAGAGUCAUUACAUCACCUUUUUUGCUCCUUUUUAGCAUCUUUACAAAUAUUUGUAUUUUUCUAUUUUUUCCUGGUAAUAGUAUGAAUUUAUUCUCAGGGUAUUUUAUUAUGGGAUAUUGGAAGUCUUGGAAGUCUGACUUUUCCACAAAAGGGAACUUGAUCAGAUGUUUUUCUCAAUAUUUUGACUUAAUAUUCCCUCUUUAUUCCCUUUUCCAUGUUCGAUGCCGUCUUUUCUGUUGUUGUGGUGCGGCCACACCCGACAGUCUCUGCAAAGCAACUAUUCCCGGCUGUUCCCUUCUCAUUGUGCUUCCACGGGAGCCUUCUCGGGUUUGGAAUUGGAAAAAAGGAAUGUAAAUGUGUUUAUUUAUUCCAUCAAGUAGCCAAAAAUUAGUCUCAUCAAAAUGUCAAAUGCUCUGCGUGCACCGGGAGUCUUGCUUUGAUUUGCAUAAUGUUUUGUUCAAUAAUUCAUGGCAUCGCUGGGGUGCACUCACGUAGGAAUGAAGGCGGCGUGACAGGUGAGGCAGGCGGCCAUUAAAACCAACCGGGGGGGGGGCAAAAAGCUUCUUUAUUUAAUACUUUAAUACUUCAGUGAAGCUAAGAUGUUAUUUUCUGUCGGAGAAAAACAAAGGAAGUUUUUCCUCAGCUGAUUAGUGCCCUUGCCUUCACACACUCAGGAAGUAAGUACACACUGCAUACUUACUGAAGUGUACUGAGCAAGUGAGCAUGUGAUGACCACUUCCUCCAUCCCAUUUUUGUACUCCGCUUUUGACCUCCAUCUGUUCUUCUCGGUCGUGCCUGCGUUGAGGCGUUGAGGUUCGCCUCCUGGCUUGCGGCGGUGCUAACAGAUGCGGCUGAUAAGGCGGAUGAGGCGUGGCUGAUGUUUUUUCCGCCAAGUGUCUCUCAAAGUCUGAACGCGAAUGUUUGUUCCUCGUUAGGUCACGGGCAGGUCAUCCCACCUCAUGAAAGGCUAUCAGACGGAUUUACGGGUAUGACAUCAUCAUUCGGCACCCCAGGCCGUGUCAAGCAUUUUAGCGUCAUGUGACAAUGUAUCUCAUUGAUCGGACGUGACAACAAAAAGCAUAAAACGGCCCUGAAGCCCCAAGUCCAGGAGAAACUGGUCUCUGUAGGGUCUGAGACAUGUAGAGUGAAGAUGCAAAGAUCUCAGAGAGACCAAGGAGCAGGACAAAGAAUGACGCUUGAAGGUCCAAGUAGACACGACGAGGACGUCCUGCUGCCGUCCGACUUCCAGGAAGAGCCUCUGUCCUGGCUGCUCAGCACCAUCAUGUUCAAGAGGAACGCAAGGUCCAAAGUCCUCAUGGAGGAUGCUCAUGUUUGCUGCUGGCCAAUUAAGGCUGGCACCUGACCGGUGACGUAGGAGAGAGAGGGGUGGCGCUCCGGUUUCUUCACUUCUCUUCCAGCGAGUUGAGAGGAGAGGAGAAGAGGAGAGGAGAGGAGAGGAGAGGAGAGGAGAGAAGAGGAGCACCAGAGCGGAGCCGCUAAGCCGUUGUUCCUUAAAGCGAAACCCUCCCUCCGAGACACCUCGUCCCCGCGUGUCCCGCGUGCGUGCGCGAUGACUGGAGGAUGCGGCGCGGCGCGCGCGGAGGGGCCGGCGUGGCGCGCGCGCGAGGACCUCCGGUGAAGAAGUCCGCGAGAAGCUCCCGGAAGUGAGCGGCGGGGAAGCAUGAAGCCCCUCCUGCUCCUGCUGCUCUACCUGGACCCCCUGCACGUGCUGUGCGCCCCCGCCACCAAAAGGAGCAAAGCCCCGGCCAGGACCUCCAAGCCCAGAUGGCCGAACGGCAGCACCACCGCCGUUCCGGACGGCGGACCGAGCCGCGUCACGCAGCUCCGCGCCCCCGCCCUCCAGCACGACACCUGCCUGGGCUACUACGACGUGAGCGGCCAGUUCGACAAGGAGUUCGCCUGCAACAACACCGACCACCGCUUCUGCUGCGGCAGCUGCUUCCUGCGCUUCUGCUGCGCGGACCGGGCCAAGCGUCUGGAGCAGAGGAGCUGCACCAACUACAACACCCCCGACUGGAUCAAGACGCAGCCCCCCUCCCCGGCGCCCACCGGGGACACCUACGACCCCGAACUGGACCGGACCAACGCCACCGUCUACAUCGCCUGCGGCGCCGUGGCGCUCGUCGUCGCCGUCUGCAUCUCCGCCAAGGUGGCCUACGACCACGCCACCAAGCCCCCCCAGGAGAUGAACGUGCACAGGGCCCUGGCUGACAUCCUGAGGCAGCAAGGACCCGUUCCCAUUUCCCAGUACGAGCACGACAACAUGGACGCCAUGGACUGCUCGCCCAAAGACGAGACGCCGGUCAGAGCCUCCAAGAACCACUACACACCCGUCCACAGCAAGUCCUCCAACCACGGUCAUUAUGGGAUGGAGAGUCUUCACAGCGGAGGAGCAGACAUGCACAACUUCAUCUCGUCCGGCUUCGUGACGCUCGGCCGCGGCCACCUGAAAGCGCAGCGCUCCAUGGACGAGUCAGCACCCGUGUCCUGGCAGGCCGAUCUGGACCUCCCCGUCUCCUACGGUGAGCAGCAUCACCAUGACUACCAGCACAGCCACCUGGACCUCACAGCCGCCCUCACGCCUCAGCUGGAGAGACCGCAGCGGAGCAACAACAUCCUGACGGCCGCCACCGAGCCAUACGACCUGUCGCUGUCCAGAUCCUUCCAGAACCUCAGCCACCUGCCCCCCUCCUACGAGCUGGCCCUCCAGUCCGACUUAAGUGACAAGGACGUGGACGACUUCUACGGCAGGAAGCAUCACCACGGCGGUCGAGGCCACGCCCACAUGGUGAAGUUGAACGACCCCCCCCAGCAUCACCAGCAGCGCCAGCGGCCUCGGCGCGUGCAGCGGGCCAUGUCCCAGGACCACGUCCUGUCCCCGCCCAGGACGCCGCGGCGCAAGGACUACGGCCUGUCCUCGUACGGUGCCGUGGCGGCGGCGGCGUACGGGAGCAGCCGCCACCUUUCGGACGAGCAGCUGCUGUCGGCGGACCGCCUGCACUCCCAGGAUCCUCUGCUGUCGCCCGCCCUGCGGCGAGACAAGUUCCGGGAGAAGGCCAUGGCGCGGGCCAUGUCGCACGCCGACAUGCUGCACGCCGACAUGCUGCUCCCGCCCACGCCCGUCAUGGACCGCCACAAGAUGACCAAGAUGCACUCUCAGCCCGGCGACGCCUACAACACGCUGACGCUCAGCCAGCACGCCAGCGCCACCAAGAGGCAGGCCUUCGCCUCGCGCCGGACGCACACGGUGGACCACCUGCAGUUCAUCCCGGGACACCACCACCACCACCACGCGUACCGCGGCGGCAAGAACGAGGUGACCGUCUGACCUCUUCCCGCUCCUCAGCUUCCAAAAAGGGCUUUGAGCGGGGCCGCGGCGAGGAAUCCUCCAUUUUCUAACUGGAAGCUGUGAGGCUUGAGUUGGCCCCGCCCAUCAGGGGGCGGGCUGGAGGGUUAACAAGCACAACGGUUAGCGUUCCCGCUAGCAAACGACUGUAAAUACGCUUCUCGCUUCAUUCUAGAACCUUCUUUCAACUUAGAUAAGGCUCCGCCCACAUGGACCUCACCUGUUUAGCUUUGUUCUUCUUCUGGCGUUUGGGCCUGCUUGUGUCCGUGUUUGCAGGAAGCAUCACAGCAGACACGAGACGCGGUCUCAUUAGCCCCGCCCCCUCCUUGUGUUCAGCCAAUCAGCACAUCCUCAUGUUUCAUCCUUGUGCUGAGUCACGGUUCUGUUCGGACUUUGAAAUAAA